AUGUUGCAAUUUCUGUCUUUUCUGAUUACUUUCCUUAUUGCGCACACAUUCGCUCAAGAGGAUCUGGACCUCGUGCCGUGCAUGGGAAAGGGUAGAGGCAGGAACUCUACCGCUUUGAGGGCACAAUUCGAGGAAGACAUAUACCCCAGGAGUAGAAUUGGAGUUAGGUCAAUGGUGUACGAGGUUAACACAUAUGUGCAUGUAAUUACUACGAGCGAGAAGAAGGAUUGGUAUCCCAAAUCAAUGGUCCAGAAACAGAUCGAAGUGAUGAAUACAGCGUACUCAGGUUCCUUCGUCUUCAACCUCAAGGACGUCGACUUCACGAUCCACGACGAAUGGGCCACAGCAAACACCGAUGAAAACGAAGAAGCAUACAAGACCGUCCUCGGUAAAGGCAGCUACGCCGAUCUGAAUCUUUAUUUCCUCAGCGAUCUUGGCAGGGCUGAGAAGUCCACGCUCCUGGGUUUCUGCUACAUGCCAGAGUCGGAUCCAGACUCAAGGGAACUUGUUCUGAACGGCUGCACAAAUCUGGCGUCCACGAUGCCUGGUGGUGAGUCCGAGCGCUUUGGGAUGGGUAUGACUUCUGUGCAUGAAGUCGGCCAUUGGCUCGGUUUAYACCAUACCUUUGAAGGUGAUUCCUGCGACGGCGCUGGGGACUACGUGAGCGAUACGCCAGUGCAGCGGCUACAAACCGAUGGAUGUCCUGUUGCGCAGGAUAGUUGUCCCGGGAGAGAGGGAAAGGAUAAMAUCCACAAUUACAUGGACUACUCGGACGACCGUUGCUUGAGCGAGUUUACACCUGGACAGUUUGCGAGAAUGACGCAUGCUUAUGGGACGAUGCGAUGGGGGAAGUGA